AUGCAUCAGUUUGAUUUGUGCUUUAACUGCUCUUGCUCGAUCAUCGAAGAGGCUGAGAAGAUGAUGGAGGCUGAUGGUGUCUUGUACAACAAGAAAACGCUGAUGUUUCUGUUUGAGCAGAUGCAAAAAAUUCAAGAGGGUGGAAGACACUCAAUUCAGACAUCUGACAGGAGGAUAUCCGAAGCGCUUGAUCCGCUGAAAGCAAGUUUGCUGUUGGGGGUGAAGCUGAUUGGGCAUCAUUCCCAGAGGUAUAUGCAUCAGGUCAUGUAUCCCAUCUGGGAGGCCAAGCGCCUCGUCAAGAGAUGUUGUGAACAUUUCUGA